ACAGAGUGGAUGGUGAGAGAGCGAGGCAGAUGGAAGCGACGCAAACGCCCACCAGCCCGAUCUCUCCUCUACCUCCUUUCGGCUUUGUGUGUAAUGAUUAACCGAUCGGAGAAAGGCGAGAAUAUACCGCCUCAGCCCUCAUAGGAAGUGACACGCGCACACACCAACAUUAUAUAAACACACUGUGUCUCUCGCUCAGAGAUCAGCAAACAUGACCCGACCGAAAGGAGGAUACUACAAAGGAGAAUUGGGGGAGCCACACAAAUUUGACCCCACAUUCAGAGGACCUGUUCAUAAAAGGGGCUGCACAGACGUGCUUUGCUGCGUGAUCUUCGUCAUCGUCAUCCUCGGCUACAUCGUUCUGGGAACAGUGGCAUGGAUGCAUGGAGACCCCCGGAAAGUGGUCUACCCAACAGACAGCUAUGGGCAAUUCUGUGGUCAGCAGGAGACUCCUAAUGCAAAUAAAGCCAUAUUAUUUUACUUCAAUAUUUUACAAUGUGCCAAUCCUUCAGUCCUCAUUAACCUCCAGUGCCCUACAACUCAGCUGUGUGUAUCCAAGUGCCCAGACAGAUUUGCCACAUACAUUGACAUGCAAUACAGCUACAGACGCAAUAAGGGCUCCUGGGAAUACUACAAGCAAUUCUGCAAGCCGGGCUUCAACAACCCUGAUAAGCCGAUUUCUCAGGUACUCCGGGAUGAAGAUUGUCCCUCAAUGAUUGUGCCAAGCAGACCAUUUCUCCAGAGGUGCUUUCCUGAUUUCAUCACCAGAAAUGGGACGUUAACUGUUGCCAACCAAACAAGCUUCAAAGAUGGACAUGGUAAAAUCAGAAGCGUCGUCGACCUAAGAGAUGCAGCCAACAAAGUUACGGCCAUGCAGCAAGGAACAGAAAGUGGCAUCACCAGCUUGUUGGAUGCGAAGGAAGUGGGCACCAAGAUCUUUGAGGAUUACGCCAGCUCGUGGUUUUGGAUUCUAAUCGGUCUGGUGAUCAGUAUGCUGGUCAGCCUGGUCUUUAUUCUGCUGCUGAGGUUUACCGCUGGCGUUCUCUUCUGGUUGGUUAUCUUUGGAGUCAUCGCGGCUGUGGGAUAUGGAAUAUGGCAUUGUUACUGGGAGUACAGUUCACUUAAGGGAAAACCGGAUUCAGAUGUCACCAUCUCAGACAUUGGAUUCCAGACUGACUUCCGGGUUUACCUGCAGUUGAGCCAAACCUGGCUUAUAUUCAUGACCUCCUUGGCUGUCAUUGAAGCCAUCAUCAUCUUAGUGCUGAUAUUCCUAAGGAACAGAGUUCGCAUUGCCAUUGCUCUUCUGAAAGAGGGCAGCAAGGCGAUUGGCUGCAUCAUGUCAACACUCUUCUAUCCCAUCAUCACCUUCCUGCUGCUGGCUCUCUGUAUUGCAUACUGGGCUGUUACAGCUGUUUUCCUGGCAUCGUCUGGUGAGGCCGUAUACAAAGUAAUGUCAACACUACCCGACUGCAAAUACACAAACCUCACCUGUGACCCAGAGACCUUCAGCCAAUCAAAUGUGACUAAACUGUGUCCGGGCUCUCAAUGCACAUUUGCUUUCUAUGGUGGGGAGAGUCUGUACCACCGCUACAUCUUUGUGCUCCAGCUCUGCAAUUUGCUGGUCUUCCUGUGGCUGGUGAAUUUCACCAUCGCUCUUGGCCAGUGCACCCUUGCUGGGGCUUUUGCCGCAUAUUACUGGGCCUUGAGGAAGCCGGCAGACAUCCCACCAUGCCCUUUGGCUUCAUCAUUUGGCAGGGCUUUAAGGUAUCACACAGGCUCUCUGGCAUUUGGAGCUUUGAUUCUGUCCAUUGUCCAGUUCAUCCGGAUUAUUCUGGAGUAUCUCGACCACAAACUGAAAGGUGCUCACAACGCAUUCACACGCUUCCUGCUGUGCUGUCUCAAAUGCUGUUUCUGGUGCCUCGAGCACUUCAUCAAGUUCAUGAACAGGAAUGCUUACAUUAUGAUUUCAAUAUAUGGGAAGAAUUUCUGUACUUCAGCGAGAGAUGCUUUCUUCCUGUUAAUGAGGAAUGUCAUGAGAGUUGCUGUUCUGGACAAGGUGACUGAUUUCCUGCUGUUUUUGGGCAAACUGUUGAUCUCAGGGAGUGUGGGUGUCCUUGCAUUCUUUUUCUUCACCCGCCAAAUACCAGUAAUCCAGGAAGAAGUGCCGUCAUUAAAUUACUAUUGGGUCCCUCUACUGACUGUGAUAUUUGGAUCAUAUAUGAUUGCGCAUGGAUUCUUUAACGUCUAUGCCAUGUGUGUCGAUACACUGUUCCUCUGCUUCUUGCUUGAUCUGGAGAAGAACGACGGUUCAGCAACCCGUCCGUAUUACAUGUGCAGCAGCCUGAGAGCCAUUCUCAACAAGAAGAACCAGAAGAGACCCAAGGAGACCAAGAGAGGUAGAAAACAAAAGAAGGAGCAACCAAAAAGCAGACACUGACAUGAAAAACAGACACUGCCGAUGCUCAGACUGUGUGUGUUUCCAGAUUAUUCGCAUCUGUGAGACUGACAGAUUUAUGAAGGAUUAUGUACGCACUGUAGGUCGUAUUUUUUAGUUUUGUUUCUUUGUUUGUUUGUCUGAAACCCAAAACUAUAAGAUUCUGUUUGUUUAUUGGGAAAUUAAAUACACUUACAAUUAACACAAAAACAUUAGCUACAUGAACUUAAAUUAGGGCCACUUUCCAACAACCUUAGGGGCUGAUCACACCAAACGUGCUUUUUGCGCUGAGAGGUGCAUUUUUUGAAUAAUUUACUAAUGCCGUAAGUGUUUUGUGCGCUGCUUAUGCUCCCUGCCUGCUGGUCCUCGCGUUUUCGCCGUUGCGUGCUGUGCACUCACAGUUGGAAAAAAAGUCAACUCUGAGCGGAAAAAGCAUGUUACGUCAGUCGCGUCUUUUUAAUUUUCCAAUCAAAUGAAAGUAGAGGCGGGGUUUCCGUUGAGGUGAUAGCAGUUUUUGUGUUGUCAAGGUAACUAUGGGGACAUUGACGAUAGAGGAGAGACUAGCAGUCGCUGUUUUUGAGUUAUCUGGAGCUGUAUGACUUUAGGCAAGGCAAGUUUAUUUAUAUAGCACAUUUCAUACACAGUGACAAUUCAAUGUGCUUUACAUAAACAGGAAUAAAAGAGACAAGUAUGAAUAAAAUAAAAACAAUUAAUACAAAAGAUGAAAACAGCAUAAAGACAGUUUUUCCUUAUUACAAAAAACCAGGGUAUCAUAUUUUCUCAUUUUACUCUGGGACUUUCCUAUCCUCUCUGUUGAUAUUUUCGGUAUCUUUUAAUAUAUUGGAUGUCUACGACAGAUUCGAUUUUUCACCUUUAAUUGAAAUUAAAGCCUUACAGCUCUAAUUACAUGCCUCCCAAUUUCAACUUCCCCUGAUUUCUACCCCUUCCCGGGAGUAGAUCGCUUUACUUUACCAAACGUAAUAAAAGGUCUUGAUCUCAGCCAGUCGCUAGGGACUUUAACCCCCCACAACAGUUAUCUGUGGCGAGUCAUCGCCUCGGAUCUCGCUUAUAUUAAUUACACUGCUAUCCCACAGAGACAGAUCUACCAGUAUGGUUACAAAUUAUUUACAAUUAUUUAUUAUUUGGUUAAUUAUAACAAUAUCAGCAGCAACACUCGCACACAAUACACUGCAAAUUCAGUCGUGGGUUUAAUGACAUAAAAAAGCACACGGCACUUCUUUUUUUCUUGUCAAUAAAAAAGGCAGUGUGGUGCGCAUUGCGUUUUUGUAAUGUAAAAGUGUGUUCGGUGUGAUCGGGCCCUUAUACAGCAUAAAAGGAGCCAAGUUAUUUUUUAAAACUACACCAACUGUGUUUGUCUGAAAAUAGAAAGUCAAAUUUACUGAGGAUGGCUCGGGUAAAUUAUAGUAUUGUUUCUCAACCACGUUCCAGGAAGCCCACCAACAGUGCAUAUUUUGGAUGUCUCCUUUGUCUGUCAUACCCAUUACAGGUCUUUCAGUCUCUGCUAAUGGGCUGAUGAUCUGAAUCAGGUGUGCUUGGUUAAGGAGAGAUGUAAAUGUGCAAAGUUGGUGGUCCUCCAGGAACGUGGUCGAGAAACGCUGAAUUAUAGGGUCAUUUUUAUUUUUGAGUAAACUCUUGCUGUAAUUUUCUGGUUGUGGAUGUGGAUUCUGAUUUAAAUGUUUUUAUUGCUCAGUCAACUUUUUUCUUAGAAUGAUACCAGCAGCAUUGCUACUCAGUGCCGUUAUCUUUAAAGUUGUAGUAUGAAUCGUUACCAUCUUUGUAUGCAUUUGUAGAAUUUUUUUAGCUCGUCUUUUAUAUGACCGUUGCGUUCUGUUAGCACCCGUUUGGGGUGAAACCACCACUUCUCUCAUAUUGAGAAAACGUUGCCGUUUGUAAUCGCAGUUUAGCUGAAGUGCCUUAUUCCAACACACAGUUUAACAGCUCUCUUAACCUCAAGCACAUGUUGAUAUGAGCCCUUUUUCUGCUGUGCAGAGCUUAUAACUCUAUUUAUUCCUUCAUUACUGCUCUCAUUCAUCAGAUCCAUUGCACUUUUUAACCACACAUCUCCUGUGCUAUCAUCGUGUCCGUCCAUUUUAGCCAAGAAAGAACUUAAAGUUGUUAAUUAUAAUUUAUAUAUAUUUGAAUGGAAUAUUAGGAGUUGUUUUAGGUCGAUUCAUUUCUCCUCAUAUGUUGAUGAAGGUUAGUGAUUAUUGUUUAUUAAGUGAUUCUCAAAAAUAUGAAGUGUUUGUUUGACAUUUUUUCUAUGAACAUAUUUGAGUCAAAAUGUGUUCUUUACCAGUUUAUUGCUAUUAAUUACUGGUAUUUGACCCUCAUAAAUCAUAAAAAACUGUAUUUUUGAGUUUAACAACCAUCUAAUCGUCUUAUUGGUAUGUAUCUACUUGUCAUAUGUUUUCUUCACAUAAUUUUUGAGCACAUUUUGUAAUGCAUAAUAACAUUGUAUAUGAUGUAAUCCCAAUGCAUGCCAAAAAAAAAAAUACAUUUGGAAAUUAAGUAUUUCAUAUAGACAAUGUCAAUAAGUUAUUUUUAUUUUGAUUGUAGCAACAGCAUAAACUAUGAUAAAUAAACACAUAGUUCAAGCAAAAAA